GCCGGCCGCCCGCCAGCGAGAACAAGGAUCUCAGCAGAAGAAGCAGUCUGCGUCGAUCGUUCGUGGUGUUCGGUAGUGGUCGAUGUGUUGCGAGACGGUUAGGAAGUGCAUAGUUCGGUCAAGUUGAACAGAUCUCGGAAUGCAAUCAGAAGGGUCAGUCAGUGGCGUUGUGAUUGAGUAUACAACAAAGUACCUAAACCGGAGUGUAAUGAGGUAAUUGAUGCCGAAGGAGUGAGUUGGCGGGAUCAAUUGCAGUUGACGGUGGCUGAUUUUGGCAGCGAUUCAGAAGAGCGGCAAGCAAAUUUACUGGAUUAGUGAGCUGUGCGGUGUGUGAUGACUUGGCGUAGUUCGCGGCAAGCUCCGUCGGAUUUUGUGACAGAAUGUUGCGGCGUUGAUCAACAUUAGUGUCGUGUUUCGGUGUAUGGUUUACUGUUUUUCGACGAAAAGAAUAUCUAGUGAUUGCAGAAAACGAAGCAACCGCGACGAGCGACACGGUGGCCGGCGGUAGUGUGUAUGCAGAGUGUGGCUAUUUUUAGUGAGCGACCGUUUGAAACCGAAGUCGCGCGCAUUUUAAGAAUUUGACGGGUGAAAUAUUUGACCGGUGCGCGGCUUCGUCAUUGCGGUAUCGUCGUCGUCGGUCGCCGAGCAACCGGGUAAACAGUUGUUCGACGAAUGAAAUCAGAGGAAACGAAUUUGGAGCGUGUCAACUGUGAUCGGAGAAGGCGCUUUGCGCAAUCUGCGUAUCAACGUCUACUUGGAUAAAAAGGGGGAUUCGUGGAUUAAGUGCGGAGAUGUGUCGAUGCUGUUAGUGCUGAUAAGAUCAACAAGAGUCGUGUAGAAACUAGACCGAAGCAGAGAGAAUACAAAAAGCGAAAUGUUGCAACAUCCAAGCAGCGAUUACUACGAGUUAUCGGCGGGAAGCAAACAAACGCCCCCAACGUUUAGUCCACAGGGGGCGAAUGCGGCCGUUAUGGGUUCGAUGGGUGGCGGUGCCGGUGCCGCAGGAGGAUUAAACAACAAUAACAACAACAAUGAUAACGAUCUGGAUUUGAUGGGUCAAAACGGAGGGCUGAACAGCAGCGACCGAGAGUCGAUGCCCAGUUUCGGAUUUACCCAGGAGCAGGUGGCGUGCGUUUGCGAGGUCCUACAGCAGGCGGGCAACAUCGAACGGCUGGGUCGGUUCCUGUGGUCACUGCCCCAGUGCGACAAACUGCAGCUGAAUGAAUCCGUGCUCAAAGCCAAAGCCGUGGUGGCGUUCCACCGGGGGAACUUCAAGGAGCUCUAUCGGUUACUGGAGCAUCACCAGUACGCACCGCACAAUCACGCCAAACUGCAAGCACUGUGGCUGAAGGCACACUAUGUCGAAGCCGAGAAGCUGCGAGGGCGACCGUUAGGAGCCGUUGGCAAAUACCGAGUUCGGCGUAAGUUUCCUCUACCCCGCACGAUAUGGGACGGAGAAGAAACCAGUUACUGCUUCAAGGAAAAAUCAAGAUCGGUUCUGCGAGAUUGGUACACGCAUAAUCCUUAUCCCUCGCCGAGGGAAAAACGGGAACUGGCCGAAGCAACCGGAUUAACCACUACCCAGGUUUCGAAUUGGUUCAAAAACCGACGGCAACGGGAUAGAGCAGCAGAGCACAAAGACACCGGUGAAUCGGACAAGCAGCACCUGGACUCCUCCAGCGAUUCGGACAUGGAUGGGCCCAGUUUGGGUAUGCCUGGAUCGGCUAGCGGACCUCCACAAAUGCUAGGCAGUGGCGCAGCACAAGGUCUCCAUCUGGGUCCAGGUGGUCUUGGUGGAGGUAUCCCCGGAAGCGGUGGAUCGCUUGCCGGCCCCGGAGGUCAACCCCUUGGACCAGGUGGUGGUGGUAGUAGCAGCAGUGGAGGUGCAGGAGGUGGUGGCCUAGCUGGAUUGGGGAUCGAUCACCAGCCGCAGCCAUUGUCAACGCGGAAUAGCAAUCUGAUGAAUAUCCCAGGAGCCGGAAGCAACAAGGCAGCUCUGGGGCAACUGUCGGCAUACUCGCAUCUGUGGGACCGGAGCAACGUGAUGGGAUCGAUGCCACCGAUCUACGACAUCGGCGAAUAUCAGCAUUUAUGAUUUUAGGCAAUUGUGAUUGUGUUUAAGCGAAUGCGAUUAUUUUAUAAAGAUUGAUUAGGGUUUUGUUGUAGACUUUAGUAGGAUCUUUUUGAAAAUUGAAUGCAAUUUUAGUAGGUACAUUUUAGAUUUAUUUACCAUCUGAUUAGCUCUCUCAAUGCACAGGGAAAGGAAAUUGACGAAAACUGGGAUAAUUACAAAUUUACUGGCAUUGCAAAGUUUUGUGGAAUUUGUUCUUGGUCCCCGCAGGAAGCACAAUCUGUUUUGCUUUGGAUCGCAUCAAGACUUAAGAAGUUAA